UUGAAAUCGAAAUGAAUAAAGUAUUGUUGUCACUGGUGUGAAGCGGUGUAGAAAGAAUACCAGGAUAACCAGGAUAUAACAUAAUGUUAUUACUUCAUUCAAUUAUUUAGCUAGGAUGAGUCUUUCAAAGUAUGGAAACCUGGAUUUCCUAUGAUAUUGUGGAUUCAUAGGAAGGUUCCGUUUUUGAAUAAAUCCUGAAAGGAUGAAUUGAAAUUGAAUGAAAUGAAUAAUUACAUGCAGAGAUUGGGCUUCACAGCUUGGAGAAAAAAGACCACAAUCCUUGUUGCAUCUGGUUUGAUUACAUUGAUAAUAUUUGGGUUGCAUUUUUCAAAGUUGGAGGAAACUAAAGAUAAUUCUCAAUUAGAGGAAGAACAAAAUGCUGAAGGUGUUGCUGCUGCUUUGAUGCAGAGUAUCAAAAACGUCAGAUUCAUUGAAAAUUUCAAUAAAAUGAAAAUGAAAAAAACAGACUCAAAUAUUUUAGGCACAGAAAUUGAUGAUAUGGAGCAGAAUGGCAAAGUAAAUCAGGAAGCAGGAAAAAGACUAGCUCACUUAUCAAUGAAGCAAUUUGAGAAUCUUGAAAUAGAACAACAACUUGGUAUUCCUUAUGUAAACUUAGAUUCAAGAAACCCUUAUAUUCCAAAACAGAGAAUAGUUCAUUUGGAUCUGAAAGGUGCUCCACCUAGUUUGGCAUAUCUCAGCAAAUUUUUUCCUCUGGUAAAAAAUAUGGGAGCAACUGGUAUAUUGCUAGAGUAUGAAGAUAUGUUCCCAUUCAGUGGACUACUCAAAAAUAUAUCUGCAAAAAAUUGUUUCACAGAAAAUAGGAUCAAAGAAAUUUUGAGUCUUGCAGAGAGUUCAGGUCUUGAAGUUAUACCACUUAUUCAAACAUUUGGACAUCUUGAAUUUGCUCUGAAACAUCUGGACUUUGUUCAUCUCAGAGAAGUCCAGGGGAGCCCACAGGCUCUCUGUCCCAGUAGAAAGAGCUCUUUAGACUUCCUCAGUGAAUUGAUUGAUCAGGUAAUGGCUCUCCAUUCUUCCACAAGAUAUUUACACAUCGGCUGUGACGAAGUAUUCCAAAUGGGAGAAUGCGAUAUCUGCAGGCUCGAAAUCCACGAAAACCUCUUCUUGAAGCACGUGAAAAACGUAGCAGACAUGGUCCGUUCGAAGUACCCCUCCGUCAAAGUCCUGGUCUGGGACGAUAUGUUGCGUCACAUAUCUCUGCAAUCGAUGCAAGAAAUAAACCUCGGAGACUCCGUCGAUCCGAUGGUGUGGGUUUACGCAGAGGACAUCUACCGUUUCGUUCAACCGGCGGUUUGGGAGAAGUAUGCCGCUGUCUUUCAAACUGCGUGGACUGCCUCCGCUUUCAAGGGGGCUUUCGGGGAGACCCUGUACAUCCCCAACGCGAGACGUCAUUUGGAAAACAACCUGCGCUGGCUGGACGUCAUGGCAACACAAACAACCGCGUUCACACAAGGGUUGUCGGGUAUUGUCGUAACAGGCUGGCAGCGCUACGAUCAUUUUGCGGUGCUGUGUGAGCUCUUACCGGCUUCUAUCCCUUCCUUAGCUCUGAGUCUAACAGCUCUUUCUCAUGGUUAUUUCAAUUCCUCGUUGAAAGAAAAGUUUCUGUUGUCCCUAACUUGUCCGGAACCGAGUCUCGACAGAUCUCCUUUCAUAAUGCUGGAUUCCGAUCCGUUUUUGUGGGAGAAAUUGAAUAGGUGUAUUUUCCCUGGGAACGCAGUUUUCAAAUUGAUGAGUAGGUUCAACAGUCUGGAGAUUGAAGCGAAAGAAUAUCUGGAUGUGACUAAGAGACAGAAGGGGUGGAUGACUUCUUACAAUGUUCGCCAUAAUUAUAGUUUGCCGUUGAGAGUUGAAGAGCUGACAAUCGAACUGCCGAGGAUGUAUCAUGGUAUGAUAUCUUUGGCCCGGUCUGGUGUCGAAUCUAUGACCGACAUUUUUGACAAUUACACUAUAUCCGAGUGGAUUGAACAAAAGAUUUACCCGUAUGUGUUGGAAUUUGAGAAGAUACAGAAUGCGAGUGUGGUUCUUAAGAGUGUUAAUCACUGGCCAUCUAGACCCUUGGACCCAAUGAAAGAUAUGCAAAGAUUAGGGAUUGGAAUUGAUGUUCAUUAGCAGAAAGGAGCUAGGAAACUCAAAAAUCAUCUUUGAAAUUUCAGUAAUAGCUACGUUGGUGUGUUAAUUGUGAU